UUUUGCUCGUCCUUUAUAAAAGAAAUGGCAAAACCGUCGACUUUUUCUUCUUCUUCUUCUUCAAUAAUCUCAAUCGUACCCUUUCAAUUCCAAAACCCAAUUUUGUCCUUCAUUUCUUUCUCCUCAGUCUCACCACCUCUGCUCUCUCGGACUCGACGGAGGAGACGGAAGCUGCCGGAUAAGGACAUGUCGGUUGCCAUUCCGAUGCCGCCGGCGCCGUCUCACCGGUGGGACAAUGAAGACCAGGGUCCACUUUUGGAUUCCAGAACCGGUGCAGGAAAAGGGGAUAUGUUAGCAACAGAUGUGGAAGGAGAGACAUCCCCUUCUAGUAAAACUACCCGCAAGAACAAAUAUCGAAUGAGUGCUAUAAAAUGCUUUGGGGUGGAUUUGUCCCCAGAUAAUGUUGCAGUUGCUAUGGUAUAUUUUGUGCAAGGUGUAUUAGGCCUUGCAAGGCUUGCUGUCAAUUUUUACUUAAAGGAUGAUUUGCAUCUAGAUCCUGCAGAGACAGCUGUCAUAUCUGGUUUUUCUGCAUUACCAUGGCUUAUCAAACCUCUAUAUGGGUUUAUUAGCGAUUCUGUUCCACUUUUCGGUUACCGAAGAAGGUCAUACCUGAUUUUAUCAGGACUUCUUGGUGCACUCUCAUGGAGUUUGAUGGCCAGCUUUGUUGACAGCAAGUAUGAUGCUGCUUUCUGCAUACUUCUAGGAUCACUUUCUGUUGCCUUCUCUGAUGUUGUUGUAGAUUCCAUGGUUGUAGAAAGGGCUCGUGGUGAGUCACAAAGCAUGUCAGGAUCACUCCAGUCUUUAUGUUGGGGAUCCUCAGCUUUUGGUGGAAUUGUGAGUGCCUAUUUUAGUGGCUCCCUGGUGGAUGCUUAUGGUGUAAGGUUUGUUUUUGGAAUCACGGCUUUGCUACCACUGAUUACUUCUGCAGUUGCUGUUCUUGUAAGAGAACAGCCUGUGCGUGGUCCAACAAGAGGAACAAAUCUUCCUUUGGCCAGUCUUAGCUUUAUUGAAGGUUCGAAGCAGAGCAUAAUUCAGUUGUGGGAUGCUGUCAGGCAGCCCAGUGUACUUCUUCCUACUUUGUUUAUAUUUCUGUGGCAGGCAACACCGCAGUCAGACUCUGCCAUGUUCUACUUUACCACAAAUAAGCUUGGUUUCACCCCGGAAUUUUUAGGCCGUGUGAAGCUUGUUACUUCAGUGGCAUCACUGCUUGGUGUUGGACUUUAUAAUGGAUUCCUAAAGAAUGUUCCACUGCAUAAGAUUUUUCUUGUAACAACCAUUUUUGGUUCAGCUCUUGGGAUGACUCAGGUUUUUCUUGUAACUGGAUUGAAUCGGAAGUUUGGUAUAAGUGAUGAGUGGUUUGCUAUUGGGGAUUCUUUGAUUUUAACAGUUCUUGGUCAGGCUUCUUUCAUGCCUGUUCUUGUGUUAGCAGCAAGAUUAUGUCCAGAGGGAAUGGAAGCCACACUUUUUGCAACACUAAUGUCUAUAUCAAAUGGAGGAAGCGUUGUUGGGGGGCUAAUAGGUGCUGGUCUGACCCAGCUCUUUGGGAUUACCAAAGACAGUUUUGACAACUUAGCCACAUUGAUAAUCCUCUGCAAUCUCAGCUCAUUGUUGCCUUUGCCUCUCCUUGGCCUCCUUCCAAGGGAUAUUCCUGACACUAACAAGGAAAGUGAAGAUAUUGAAAUGAAAUGUAAUUGAUUUUUGGAUGUUUGCAUCCUCCUUAUCCUAGGCUAGGUGCAUCACCCUCCAAUAAUAAUUUUCAAGCCCUUAGCAAAAUGUUUAGCCUUUUGCUCUUCUAUAGCUUAUAAAUGAGAGAGAGUUUGUAAAUAUUACGAUGAUUGUACGUCCCCUUUUUUGAUUUUGAAAUGAUAUUUCCGCGGUUUAUUUUGUGUUUGAAA